AUGGAAGCUGAUUCCACUACUGUUUCUAAUUAUGAAGACUCUAAGGCUGCAGUUAGUUUUCCGUUUUCUGUAUGUCCUGGAAACUUCAGUUUGUAUAAAGAAUUCAUAAGUAAUAAUUCACAGAAGAGUGUUGAAUGUCAGAUUGUUGAAAGGUUGCAAAAGUUUGGUUUGCUUCCGAUUAUGGUGAAAUGUCCAAUAUCUAAACCUGAUUGCCGAGUUGUUUGCAAACAAGCCCGCGUUAUAGACAGAGUACAAUGGAUCUGUGAAUCAUGUGGGAAAAGGCAACCAAUACGAACAGGCUCUUUUUUCUUUAAGCUUCAGUGUUCCAUACAACAAGUUCUUCAGAUGACUCUAGCAUGGUGUGAAGAUGCGGAUAUGACUGUUGCUGCACAACACUUUGACAUUAAGCCGAGGGUUGCCAGUUCUAUCUAUGAUCGAUUGGAUGAGUUGGCUAUUAAAGAACUAAGUAAAUAUAAACUUGGUGGAGAGAACAGCGUGGUACUGGCCGAGAUGUAUCCAGAUUGUCUAAACCGGCUGUCCCCAGACACUACAGAGCAGCCCCAUGUGCACAGGAUAUUAAUGCUGGCUGAUACAAAACACAUUCCAACUUAUUAUCGACUACAUGUCGUUAAAGGAGAUUUGAAGAAGUUUGAACAUGACAGCGCUGAAGACGAGAUACUUAAAUCGGAAGUGGAAAUGGUGCUGGCCAAUGCAACAGAACCACAGUCUAUGAUAGUGUUGGGAAACAAUGUUCCAAGCAUCGAGGGAUGUACUUCCUUCCAGCAUCUAGUACAACACUGUGAUGUCGAUAUGCAGCGGUUUCUAAGUUCGAGAGUGUGGCGUCAAGCGCUGGCAUUGUGCUCUGCAUCUCGCGAUCUGUGUGUGGGCAUGUCGGCAGUUUGCGCUGUCACAGUUCAACGCUACCUGGAUAUAGCGUCAUUCCGCUUGCGUUACGGCGACGGCUUCUAUGGACAUAUGUUGAGGAUUGUCUGCAGGGAAUUCACGGACGGCUACAAUGAAUGA